AUGUCUGUCGACUAUGUUCAUCAACCUGGUACGCUGCGGCAGUCGGUUCUUCCGUUCCGGACGCCAGCUGCCUGUUCUGCCUGCACGGUCGCUCAAGAAGCCUCCCCCUUGUCCCCCCCAGCCUCCCCCUUGUCCCCCCCCGCCUCCCCCAGUACGGUCCAGGUCCGGUGGAAGUGUACUGCUCGGUUUGUCCCUGAUGCUAUCGGUCGACCGACCACCUGGGACUCGUUUGGGAUCUGGGACAACAGGAUAGAGGAGCCCAUUCUGCUGUCUCCUAGUAUACGUUAUGGGAAACCCAUCCCACAGGUGAGUUUGUCCCGUGUGGGCACGGCGUCUCUGCUGGGUCAUCGGAGGGAGAAUGAAGACAGGUUACAGGUGGUUCGACUCAGUGACAGCAUCCUGUACUUGGCUGUGUUCGAUGGACACGGAGGACCACACGCCGCAGAAUACUGUCACACCUACAUGGAGAAAUACAUUAG